UCUUGGCUUACCUGAUGUACCUGAUCAUCUUCACCACUGUGGCCUUCUACAGGAAGGAAGGCCAGCUUAAACAAGGACUGUUAACGUGUUGACCUCCAGCCGCCGUUUCCUGUUGACGACGUUCCUCUCGACUACAUGCGAUGUAUCGGUGAGGUCAUCAGUGUCCUCGGAGCUCUGUGGUUUUUCUAUAAAGCGAUAACUAUUUUCAGAAAGAAUCCCCCAAACUUCAAAGCUCUGUACGUCGACGGAUUCUGUGACAUUAUUUUCUUCGUGCAGGCGGCUCUUCUUCUGAUCUGCACAAUUCUGUAUUUUUGCGGGAGGAAAGAAUACGUCGGACUUCUGGUGAUCUCGCUGGCUCUCGCCUGGAUCAACGUCCUCUACUACACCAGAGGCUUCAAACAGAUGGGGAUGUACAAUGUCAUGAUGCAAAGAAUGAUCCUGGGUGACAUCUUACACUUCCUGUGCUUCUACAGCGUCUUCCUGUUUGGAUUUUCUGCUGCUAUCGUCGCUCUUAUCGACGACUCGCCAGGCAACGCUACGCGAGCACGAGGUAUGACGUUUGACAUGGAGACGUUUAAGUGCAAGAGGCCGACGUACAACGAUCUCCGCUUCACGACCCUGGAGUUGUUCAAGUUCACCAUCGGGAUGGGAGAUCUGGAGUUCACCGACCACGUCCAGUACAAAGAGGUUUUCUACAUCCUGCUCAUCUCGUACAUCGUCCUGACGUACAUCCUGCUGCUCAACAUGCUCAUAGCGCUGAUGGGAAACACGGUCGAGAGAAUCUCAGAAGAAAGCGAGAACAUCUGGAAUCUGCGGAGGGCGAUGACGAUCCUGGACCUGGAGAGGAGUCUGCCCCGGAGCCUGAUGAGGAAGAUGAACCCUGGAGUGUCAAAGAUGCUCUGUGUGAGAAACGAGAAGAACGAGUGUCGAAGAUUCUUCAGGGUGGAGGAAAUGAACUGGAGACAGUGGCGGUCGGACGUCGCUCUCAACAGUGAAGAAGAUCCAGGAAACGACAUGAUGACAUCACAGCCCGACGACCAGAGCAGAGGGAACGUUUGGAAUUUAAAUCCUCUGUUGGAGAAGAUUCGUGGAAGAAGGACUCUGCAACGGCAACCACCUCUUCCCUAAUCUCAUCAAAAUCCUCCAAAAAAUGAGCAGAA